AUGUCCAGUUCAGCUUCCCAAGAGGCCACACCCUCAAUUCUUUCCCAAGCUUCAUCCCACGCUGGAGAUCAACUGCACCGCGAGUCGAUCCGACACCUGAUAGCGAAGAGUGAUGCUUUCGUUGUUUCGCAUGUCACUCCCCACGCAAUGGGUCGAAUCGACAAAGAACGUGGGGAAGAUGGCCAAGGUUUUCGGGUAUUUCUCUAUCGCAGUGAGAACGAGAUUCUGUUCAUUACCAUCCCUACCCAUACCCAUGAGGUGAACCAUCUACGACUCGACCGACUCUGCUAUGACAUUGCCGCGGGUAUGGGCUUGGGCUCAGAAUGGGCUCCUGUGGGAGCAACUACCUAUGAGAAACGAGACUCGGUAACUAAUAUUAUCUACACUCAAGGCGAAGGAGACUCAGGCAUGAGACCUCUCUACCAGCGGCCAGCGCCAGGCGGGUUCCCUACUCUUGUUAUAGAAGCAGGUGUCACACAAUCCCGGUCAUCAUUGCGGAUGAAGGCGAAUUGGUGGUUUGCUACUUCGGAAAAUCACGUCAAAAUCGUGCUUCUCGUCAAGGUGGAUUUUCGUGACAAGAGCAUCGUCAUCGAGAAGUGGAAGGCCGAAUCACAAAAUCCACCGUCGGUAGCCAGAAGGAUCACCCGAGCAGCCACUAGGGCAGCUCAAGCGCUUACUCCUACCGCAGUCCAGACAGUAACUAUCAAGCGAGCAGCAGGCAUCGGACCAACCAGCCCGAGAAAGGGUCUACUACGACUAGAGUUCGAGAACUUGUUCCUGCGUCAACCGACAGGCAACGAAAGUGAUAUAAUUCUUGGCACCACCGAACUCCAGGUUUACGCAUCGGAUGUCUGGAGGACCUUGAACACUUAG